CUCUCUUAGCGUUUUGAGCGGUCUAGAAGGGCUGAGGCCUGCAGUUUCGGGCAUUGGUGCGUUGCCGCUUGCAACAUAAGGAAGUCCGUGUGUGGGGUUAGAGGAGUCACUUAUGAACUUUUCGUUUUAUUCUGAUAAUAAACAUGAAAGCCAUGGCUUUAACCGGAAGGUACUUGGUUACUACUACAUCAACGGCUUAUCGUAGAUUUCGAAAUCAAAUACAUCAGCGUUCCUGUAGUUCUGUAUCUCUCCAAUCGAAUUUCGUUGACGAACUUGGAGGUAUAGACACUGACAAUGCCAUUGUAUCCUACUGUAAAUCCGGCAAGAUUGAUGAAGCCGCCUAUCUACUUCACAACUCACUGGAGGCAAGCUUCAAGCCCUCUGUUACUUCUUGUAAUAUGGUUUUAUCUUCUUUGGUUAAAGCUAGCAGAUUUGAAGCCUGUUUGUCUAUGUAUAGUCUGAUUAGAAGUUGCGGAGUUUCGCCAGAUAUAGUGACAUUGAAUAUAAUCAUGAACUGCUACUGUGAAACCCAUCAGAGUGAUGUUGCACGCCAGGUGCUCGAUGAAAUUCGGGCUUGUUGUUAUGUGCCUACAGUCAUUACCUAUAAUACCCUGAUCAAAGGAUUAUGCAAGGAGAGCAGAAUCGGUGAAGCCCAUCAAAUUCUCCGACAGAUGAGAGAAAAAGCUCCAAGUCCCAAUGAUCGGACUUAUUCAAUACUUAUUACUUCUCUUUGUGGCUCGUCAAGAUCGGAAGCUGGCUUGGAAUUACUCGGGGAAAUGCUGCGAUUUGGUUUGAGACCAACUCUAAUUACGUAUAACACGGUUUUAGCCGGUUUGUGUACGGAAGGUGGGAUUAAAGUGGCAAGAACUCUUUUUAAUAAGAUGGGUAAGCUGGGUCUUAUACCGAAUGUGGUAACAUACACCUCACUCAUAGAUGGGUUAUGUAAGGAGAAGUUAUUGAGUGAAGCCAUGAAGCUUUAUUAUGAGAUGUCAGAGAAUGGUUUAUCUCCGAAUGUUAAAACUUAUACAAUAUUGAUACAUGGGCUAUGUAUUGAGGGGUACUGGCAAGAAGCUACUGAGAUCCUUCUUGAAAUGCUGGGCCAUGGUAUCAGUCCUAAUGUUGUUACGUGCACAGCAGUCAUGAGUGGACUUUGUAAAGAGGGGCAUAUACAAAAGGCUUUGAGGUUUUUUGAUUUGAUGAUUCAACAAGGGUUAAAACCUAAUGAGUUUGCAUACACUAAAUUGAUUGAUGGACUUUGCAAAGCAAGGAGGGUGGAGGAUGCAUGCCAAAUUUUCUCUAACAUGGAAGAGAGAGGGUUUGGAAAUAACAUUGUUGCUUACAAUAUAUUAAUUAAAGGGUUCUGUGAAGUUGGAAAAUUGGAGGGAGCUAGAAUGCUCUUCCAAGAAAUCACAAGUAAAAGUGUCAAACCUGAUGUCAUUACUUACAACACUUUGAUAGAUGGUUUUUGCAAAAACUCGCAGGUCGAGGAUGUGAUAGAAUUACUGAAGGAUAUGGAAGCUCAGGGUCUUGAACCAAAUGUUGUAACUUACAACACGUUGUUGAAUGGUUUAUGUAGAGCUGGUAACCUGGAGGGGGCUGUGGAUCUGGUUGAGGAGAUGAUCCGCAAAAAACAAAAUUGCAAUGUAAUCACCUAUAAUUCAAUCAUAGAUGCAAUGUCUAAAGCGGGAAGAUUUCAAGAUGCAGGAAUCUUACUUCGAUUCAUGGGUGAGAAAGGUAUUGCGGCUGAUGCUGUGACAUAUUCUACCAUUCUACAUGAGUACUGCAAGAUUGGACAGUUAACUGAUGCUAAAAGGAUUCUUAGAAUGAUGGUGGAGAAGGGUAUUUGCCCGACUGUUGUCACCUACAAAUUCAUUUUGCAUGGAUUUUGCAACGAAGGGGAGAUCAAUGAAGCAGUUAAGGUGCUUUAUGAGUUUGUUGAAAAUAAAUUUCUUCACCCUACUAUUGCUGCUUGUCUAUUCCUGGAGAAUGUUGCUAGAUUUAACCAACUUGAGAACUUCUCUUGUUUGCUCCCAAUCAUAUGUGGGAAAGAGGAGAAAAAGGGGUAGUUGUGUUGGCUAAUGAAUGUUUAACGUGAGGAGGCUGCAACCAAUUGUUAGAGAAGAGGAAAAUUGUGUUUGACUUGCUGUUUCAUCGCAAGAAUUCAUUUAAUCUAACUGGUUAUAUCAUGUAAUCUAACUGGCAACAGAUGGCUUGAGGAACUGUCCUGAUGUUCUUGCUGCUUCAAUCUGGCUGUCUAAAUAUGUUGUACAUAUAGUUCUCUACUAGUGGAAAUUUAAGCAGCAAGGCAAUAAUGAAUGCCUUGAUUGGACGCAGUCACUGCCAUUCCAAAUUGGUCUUCCCAACUACCAAAACUGUGUCUCAGGCAUGUUAUCGGCAUGGAAGCAAAGUAUCAUCAAAGUACUCAGCCAUCAAUCUUCUCUUGGUUGUCGGAGAUUGCAUCUGGUUAGUCUAGAAGAGAAUGACAUUAUCUACUCUUAUUGCUUAUCUCAUUGAUGUCGAAUUUUUUGGUGACAAGAUAAUGUAGGAAAAAUAUGACAAAAGUUUCUUCUAAUUUGGCCAUUUAUUUUGAAGAAACUGUAUGUUUAGGCAUCCAAAUUGAAUUAAACUUGAGGACUUUAUCUAAUUCUGCAACACAAUAGGUUGUCC